GGUCAGUAUGGACGGGCCACUGACCGAUAACGCCGGCUGCCCCGGUCGAGCCGUCGAGUGGCCGGCGUCUCUGCUACUGCGUACCGCGCCGGUCCGUCGGCGGACACUCGCUCGGGGACCGGACAGUUGCCGAGGGAGCCCCGGUGGUCGGUCGGAGGAACAGACGGAGCGGCAUUCAGGCGUUACCAUGGGAACUGAUGACUGCUCCCCGGUCCUGAAGCUCUCGGAGGUUAGUGGAGCGCAGGAUGACCGCUUCAAGGCGCUCGGACAGUUCUUCGAGAAGAAGUAUGGCCAGCCGCCCGAGUUUUACGUCCGUGCUCCCGGCAGGGUGAACCUGAUCGGCGAGCACAUCGACUACUGUGGCUACUCGGUGUUCCCAAUGGCCGUGCAGCAGGACAUCGUGAUGGCCGUCAGAGGCGUCAGCAAGCCCACCAUCGCGCUGGCCAACAUGGACCCCAGCUACGCCGACUUCAGCUGCUCCACAGAGAAACUCAGUGUGGAGCGCCCCUCCGGCUCUGUCCCCUGGUCCAGUUACGUGCUCUGCGGGGUGCUCGGUGUCCAGGAGCACUGCCGGCUGGCGGCUCUGCGCGGACUCCAGGUGGCCGUCUCCGGCUCUAUCCCGGCCUCCAGCGGUCUGAGCAGCUCCUCAGCACUGGUCUGCGCCGCCAGCCUGGCCACCCUGCACGCCAACCAGGUGUCGCUCUCCAAGUCGGAGGUGGCCGGAGUAUGUGCCCACGCCGAGCGGUACAUCGGGACUGAGGGAGGUGGCAUGGACCAGGCCAUCUGCUUCCUCGCCAAAAAGGGCACUGCCAAGCUGAUCGAGUUUAACCCGCUGCGCGCGCACGACGUGCAGCUGCCGCCGGGGGCCGUGUUCGUCAUCGCCAACAGCCUGGCCGAGAAGAACAAGGCCGCCUCGUCCGACUACAACUGCCGCGUCAUGGAGUGCAGGCUCGCCACGCAGCUGUUGGCCAAGAGUCGCGGCCUGGAGUGGCCCAAGUUCCGCCGGCUGGGGGACCUGCAGAAGGAGCUGAAACUCGAGUUCAGCGAGAUGGUCGACAUGGUGCGGACAGUGCUGCAUGAACAGCCCUACUCCAAAAAGGAGAUCUGCUCCGAGCUGGGCGUCACGGAGCAGCAGCUGGACGAGAUCACCCUCAGCGAGAACACGCGACACAUCGACCAGUUUCUGCCCUACCAGCGCGCCCUGCACGUCUUCUCAGAGGCGGGCCGAGUGUUCGCGUUCCGCGCCGUCUGCGAGUCGGGCGGCGAGGACGUCCUCUCCCGGAUGGGCCAGCUGAUGAACGAGAGUCACGCCUCGUGCCGUGACCAGUACGAGUGCAGUCACGAGCUGCUGGACACCAUCUGCCGGAUAGCCGAGGGAGUGGCGUACGGCGCGCGGCUCACCGGCGCCGGCUGGGGCGGCUGCACGGUGGCCCUGGUGCCCGGAGACCGAGUAGACGAAUACAUCAACAAGCUGAAGACGGAGUUUUACGCUCGCCGGCCGAACGCCGAGGGUCUGGACCUGGACACGGUGGUGUUCCGGACGGAGCCGGGCGACGGGGCCGCCAUCUACGUGUAGCGCCGGCCGUGUGGGGAGCGGCUAUACACACGGACGGCGGCGGCUCCGGUGGACAGAAUAUGGCCGGUGAGAGUUGUGCUUUCCGAGAGUACAACGCAUCAUGUGCUGUUAAUGAUUACGCUAGCACGAUCAUUCACCGAAGAAAAACGCUAUAGCACAGGCAAAUAAUGUGGCAGAUUGAUAUUUUUGAGAAGCUUAGGUCAACGAUGGACCCGUCUGAUCAAUAAUGUCGCAGGAUAGUGAGGGCAUUUUUGGCAGGCUUGCAGCGAGUACUGCCGAUACUUUAGAGCAGUAUUUUCCUCCAGCUGUGUCCCAUUUUGACAUUUCAUUGCCUUUUGCUAAAUGCUUUUAUGUCAUAUUGCAUCGAUCGCACUGGGCAAUACAAUAUCUGUAUGACCAAUGGUAGGGUAUUUUUAACAUACUGAUGACUCGCCGUAACUUUAGUCCCUCAGCUGGUAUUAUUGUGUCCGUACAGUCUGUGUGUGACCGUGAUGUCACGUUCCGACUGUUAACAUCGCAGGUCAGCCCACUUAGCCAGCCGAGCGCCGGCUGAUACUCUUCUGCGGUCUAUGUACUUGAAACAAUUUUACUCCAAUUAGGUACAUAUUCAGUGCCCGUUUCAAUGCAAUACUUUAUUUUGCUCGAGACAUAGAUAAAUGGUCAAACAAACUCAAAAGGACAUUGUCUAAACAUCGUAGUCUUGCAAAACCGAUUUGCACCAUUGCUCCACGUCAAAGAUAUUCGUUCAAAACCGAUAGAUAAUAUACUGAUUGAUAAACUGGAAAGUGUAAGCACGCUACCUAAAAUCAUGGAAUUCCUGCAUAUUAUUUUGUCGGCCAGUAAAAAGGGCAUAUCUCAAAUAAUCUCUGAUAACAAUGGACUAGCUACAUUCAGACAUGGGGUACGACCAUGUGCGGAUCAACACUUCAUGCUUUCUGAGGACUCGUCCUAGAGCUACGCUCAUGCGUAUUUCCUGAAAAGUGACUAGAUAAAGUAGCAAACGUAAAUAAGAAUGCGACAGGGAUGGUUAGCUAACACUUAACAUGUUCCCACGUCAUUAAGGGCUUUGUACAACAUUGUGACCCUUGGUUUCACUUCUACUAAACUACGGAAAAGAGCGACGACCGAUCCAACAAUCACUAUCACAGCAUACAGGCAUGGAUCUCUAAGGCACUUACGUGGUACAAUAAACAAAGAUACACUUUAACUAUUAAAAUAUGACUACAGUUGUGCAUGCAACAUACCCCAUGUUGGAUGUAAACACAAUGUGAUGAUCUACGUCUCAGGUAUCUACUUCUAUAGGAUUAAAGCUACUAAUGGUUAACGUUUACCUCUGCAACAUGAUGAAAAAGAAAAAUCAAACCGUUUCGUGGUCAGAUAUACAGGUGAUGAAGCGCUGUUCCAUGCUAAGAUGAUGCACUACCGCCAGUCUGAAAACAAACGAACAAAGUUGUUAACAGCACAGGAAC